AUGCCUCACACCCGAGAUGCGGACAGCGCAUCGUCCACGAGCGGCCAAUCAAAACGGCCUCCGCUCAACCAUCAGGAGAGCGACACCCAGAGCGAGAGCAGCGGCGUACAGAGCCAACACCAACACCAGCAACAUCGCCGACACGUUCGUCAUCACCAGCGACAGCACACUGUUGGCCACCUCCAUCACGCCCGAGGUCCUGGCUCCAAAACAGCCCCCAAGCAGCCAAAGCUAAGCCGGAGACAUACCGACACUCCCGAUCAGAUCGAACAGCAGCAGAUCCUGCAUAGAAACGCCGCAGCAUCCAAUUCCCAUCGACGAGCUGCCAGCGACGCCAAGCUCUCCUCGCGCGACUCUUCCUCCGGCAAUCUCACAAAGAGCGCGUCACAAACAAAGCUGACCAAGAAUUCCUCGAGUACAAAACUAAACAAGAGCCCCUCUCAUACCAAGAUUGUCAAGAGCCCGUCACACUCCAAGCUCAAGCGCAAUCGUUCACAUACAGAAAUCGGCAAGCGAACGCGAUCGGCAGAACUCAAGCGCGCCUCGAGUACUACAAUUGUCUAUCAGCCUCAAACCUCUGGCGGCAAGUCGCAGGUGCAUUUCGAUUUGGGCAACGAGGAGGACGAAUGGGUUGAUGCCAGUGGUUCCAACUCGCCGUAUCUCUCCCGCAAGGGCUCCCUUAACAGCAGCAAUCACUCUGUCCACCCCGACGACCGCUCGAGACCGGUAACACCAAGCGACAUCGCCGCUUUCAAGCAGGCCGAACGGGAACAGCAAACAGAACAGCAAAAUUCGACGAGCCCAGAACGAGAGACGGCGCAUCAUAAGGAGUAUCUUACAUCCCGCAUCCUAAAGCGCACUCCAUCUCACGGAGCCCCGCCCCAGAUGAGCGCCGACCUAGCGCAGAUUUCCCCGCGGCACUUUGCACCAGCCUCUGCUGAAGCCCUCGGGUCGGGGACUCUUGCAGGAAGUAACACGGAUGAAUUGACAUCUCGAUUUGUCGAGGCAGUUGGUUCUGGAUUGACUAGUGACGGAUCCUUUUAUCGAGCCCCUCGAGGAGAAUUUCGUCGAUUUGAUGAUACUCCCCACAAGGCUCGUUCUGUGACUAGCUUGAAAGACGAUCUCGACGAGCGUCGGCAGCCACCCACGAGUGCACCAAAGGAAGAAGUCGACGAUAGCGCUCUGGCACCCAAGACAGCCAGGCGCACAGCGCCGCCCGCUGCCCAGACAUCACGGACGCAGCAGAAGCUUAACUUGCAACGAGCUAGUUCUGUGAUCGAACCUGGACAGGCAGUCGGUGGUGUUGGGGGAGUUGUCGGCCACACGCCGCUUGUUGGCGUUGGUGGUCCUGGUUACGACGGAGGUAACAGUCGAGACCCUCGUGUCGGCAAGCUCUUGGAGCGCACCGGUAUGGAGUAUCUCGUCGUUCGACGAUACCAGAACCCUAUCGCGCGUUCAAUCGAACGCCUCAACCACCUCCCAGGUGUAGCAAAGUCGUUACGCAUCCCGCACUCUUACUCGGCCUCUACAAACGGCAAGCGAUCUGGAGAUCUCAUGAUGCGGCAGCACACUCGUAAUGUCAGUAUGCCAGAUGCUCGAUCGCGGCCUGUUACACCCAAGCGUGCUACCUCGAUUCGCACCAACGGCGCAGCGUCAAGCUACGACGGUAACGACGACGACGGUAGAUUAACAGAUCGAUUAAGCGGAUCAAGCCUUGUUGGCGGCGAGGAAGAGGAUGGAACGACAACUCUGCUUAGAAACCUGUGGGAGAAAUCCGCAGAAUUGAGUGCCAGCACGGAUUAG